AUGGAUGAAAUAGAGCAAGCAGGAACAAUAUCAGCCGCAGAAGACGAAGAGGUCAAAGUGAAUGACUUAGUGGCAGAAGACGAAGAAGAGGCCAUCGUUCCACGUAAGCGUCAGCUAAAAGAAGGGAACAAUGACGAUGAUGUAGCGGAUGAAUACAAAAAUGAUGAAGACGACGACGGUGAUCUAUUCGGAGAAGAAGGUGAAGCAAGUCAAUCCGCACCAGCAAAAAAGAAGAAAAAGAGAUCAAACGAUAAUGAUUUGGAUGUGGAUGGAGGUGAAGACGGUGGAAGACCAAUGACAGAUCAAGAACGAAGAAGGUCAGAUAUGAUGAGAAGGAUUGAUGCUGCAGCAAAGGGACCCAAGAGACCAAAGAAGAAAAAAGCAGAUGAAACAGAUCUAGAACAAAUGGCAGAUGACGAAGUGAAUGCCAUGCGUGAAAAGAUGCUAAAAGCAGCACAAGAUGAUCAAAAUGCCAAUCUGAACGGUUCUCCUGCUACUGCAAAACUUCGCAUGUUACGUGAAGCUGUUGAUACACUACAAAAGACUGAUUAUCAACAGGCAAUCCUCGAUAACAACUUGCUGGAGGCUGUAUGCAAGUGGCUAGAGCCAUUGGAGGGCACAAGAUCACUACCUUCGCUCAACAUUCAAAGGGCAUUCUUCCCACUCUUAGAGACGAUGUACAUCGAUACGACCAGUCUAAAGAUGAGUGGCUUGGGCAAGUUGAUGUUGUUCUACACGAAGAAGAAGGGCGUUGAUAAAAACAUUCGAAGAAUUGCUGAGCGUUUGAUCGAAUCAUGGUCAAGACCGAUCCUCAAAAGAUCGUCAUCCUAUCGUGAUAGACAACAGGCUAUUCGUGAAUACAACGCUGAUGGAACUGUGAGAAAUUCGCAACGUACCCUUGCAAGUCAGAAAGCAGCAGCACAAGCUGCCAGUCAAGCAAGUAUACGAGCACGUAUUCCCGAAUCGGUUACUGGAAAUGCGUUCAGAUAUGCUCCUGUUUCUAGUUUGGGUAACGAUUUAGAUGAUAGUCAAUUGAGCAGAUUGGCCGAAAAACAAAAGAUUAACAGAUUCAAGCGAAAUAUGUUGGCUGCCAAGCGAUGAAUGUGUUCCCCUCUCCAUAUUGUACUAUUUAGACAUUCCAAAUUUAUUUCUGUUCUCAUCCAGAAUGG